GGGGGGGGCGGCGGGGGCGGCGCGGCCGGGCCGGAGAAUCCACCCAGUUUGGUGGGAACCAUGGAGAAGGUGCCAGGAGCAGCGAGUGAGGACGAGCUGGCAGCCUAUCUGAGCCAGCUGCGCGCCUGGCAGGAAGACAGCGGGGGACCAUCGAGUUCCUAUGAUGACCUCUAUGCUGACUCAUCCAUCAGUUUUGGCACACAGUUGUCCUUUCCCAUGGAUCAGAGGGAACCCAGGAGGCCAGUGAUGAAGAGGAAGGUGCUGAGGCACAGACCCGAUGGAACGGUGGAGGUCUCUGAUGAGUCACUGAACGCCGAGCCGUGGAGCCUGGGGUAUUCCAGGGCUUUUAUGGAUGACCCCAUCUCCGAAACGGAGACCAGCAGCGACACCUUGAAUAACUGCCUGCACUACUAUGAUGAUGAUGAUGAUGAUGAUGAUGACAGGCUCCGUGAGAACACCCCCUCCUCUCUCCUCGGGGACUUUGGGAGCGACACUAUAUCCGAAUACUCUGUGCCAAGGCACGGAUCAGGCUUGCCCACAAACUACAUCGCUCCAAAGGCUCUUAGAGUGAAGAGAACUGACCCAGUGGCCAAAUUAAACAAGUAUAAACAAGACUGGGAGAGAUUCAGCUUUCCCGGGCAGGACCCCCACGAGAGCCUGCGCAGGGCCGUGCACAGGCAGAUCCUGCAGACGGGGCUGCCGCGCCGGCCGCAGCGCGGCGUCUGCGUCCCCAACACCUACGAGGUGCCCACCAUGAAGAAGCGCGACUCCCUGCGCUUCGGCGUGCGCUGGGACCUGGCCCACCGCCUCAUGCCCCGCCGCAGCACCGCCUUCUAGAGCCCCAGCCCCGCUGCCUUCUCCUCCUCAGCAUCCUCCACGGUCUGGUGCGCUGCAAGCGCAGGCUCCGUUUUGGUGUGGAGGAGGUUCUCUUUGCAAGGUCUCGGCAAUAUCUUCUCAAUAAAGCAUCUGCAAAGAUUCCGUAUUGUUCUGUGGGUUCGUUAGAAACUCUGCAGGCAACAUCCAUUAUUCCCGACUCAUGUCUGCAUCAC